AUGAAUUUGCUCAGUUGGAAUGUCAGGGGUCUACUUUCCUCACGGCGUAGACUCAAGCGACUUCUCCGACGUAAGCGCAUCCGCUUUUCUGCAAUAAUUGAGCCAAUGCUCGCCCAAGAUCGCUUAAGUUCGAUGAUCACUGAACUAGGCUUCUCGAAUGGUUAUGCCUCUAUGGAAUCUAAAAUUUGGCUGCUUUGGACUGAAGAUUAUGAAGUGGAGGUGGUAAUAGAUGCUGAGCAGUUUCUCUGUUGCAAUAUUAUUUACUUGCCUUGGCGUUUUGCUUUCUGUUAUGUAGCAGUCUAUGGUAGCCACACUCGAACUGAGAGAUUGCAACUUUGGGAACAAUUAACGGCUGUGCUGGAAGAUUCAUCGCCGGUGCUUCUAGGUGGUGAUUUCAAUGUUAUUUCUAGCCUGACUGAAUAUAGGGGUAAUGCUAAUCCGGACACCAAUAGUAAUAACUUAGUCGAUAUAGCCAUUCUGGGUAAUCAGUAUACCUGGGUCCUAGCCCGGACCUCUUUAGAUCAUGCACCCCUUCUGUUCAAUGGUACAAACGAGGCUGUGUCUAUUCCUAAGCAGUUUCGUUUCCAGAGUAUGUGGUUCUCUCACCCGGGGUUCAUGGAGGUGGUCAUGCAAAGUUGGGGUAUGAUCGCGGAUGGAGGAGGAAUGAGAGCUUUGGCUUUCAAACUAAAACGCCUCAAAACGGACUUAAAACACUGGAACAAGAACACCUUUGGAAAUAUCUUCGACCGCAUUCAGAGUUUGGAAAUGAGGGUCUCUGAGGCGGAGCGUGUUUAUGAGGACAGGCCUGCAGAAGACACGCGCACAGCUCUACAUGCUCUACAAGCUGAUCUUCUGUUGGCUCUUAAACAGGAGGAGUGUUUUUGGAAGCAAAAAACUCGAGCAAGGUGGUUGCGAGAGGGGGAUGCAAAUACAAAAUUCUUUCACUCGGUCGUGAAAGAAAAACAUCGGCGACAACGUAUCUCGGCGGUGAAAGAUGCAAAUGGUCUUAUAGUCACUGAACAAGAUGAAAUUCGAAAUGAAGCAGUCACCUUCUUCUCGGGGCUUUUUUCGACAGAAGAAUGCUUGGGGCUAGAUACCCUUCUGCAAUGUUUACCUUCGGGCUUAGACCCAAGUGACGCAGCCAGGCUCAUUGCGCUUCUUUCGAGAGAAGAGGUAAAAGCCGCGGUCUGGAAGCUUGAUCCAGACAGUGCAGCUGGACCCGAUGGAUUCUCUGGGGUUUUUUUCAAGCACUGUUGGGAUUUGAUACAAGAGGAUGUUUUCUGGGCAGUUCAAGAUUUUCUCGUGGGUGUCCCUAUCCCGCGAGCGAUAGCAAGUGCACAAAUUGUAUUAAUUCCAAAAAAAGAUCAUCCGGGGUCCUUUGCUGAUUAUAGGCCGAUAUGCCUUUGCACCUUCGCCAGUAAAAUUUUCACGAGAAUUGUUGCUUCCAGGCUAAGCCCAAUCCUUCCAAAGCUUAUUUCUCGCGAGCAGGUGGGGUUUGUUUCAGGUAGGAAUAUACAGGACAACAUUUUGCUUGCUCUUGAGAUGCUCCAAUAUAUUGAUAAGCGGUGUCGGGGGUCUAACGUAAUCAUAAAGCUAGAUAUGAUGAAAGCUUUUGACAGAGUGUCAUGGGCCUAUCUCCGGGCAGUUUUGGAAAAGCUUGGCUUCCCGAGCAGGUUCAUCAAUGUUAUUAUGGGUAAUUUAGAAGCAACAAGGUUGUCCGUCCUGGUUAACGGGGUCAGCUCUGGUUUCUUUCAGCCUUCCAGGGGAGUCAAACAAGGUGAUCCGUUGUCCCCUCUUCUCUUCAUCUUAGCCUUUGAAGCUUUAUCCCGGUUGCUUAUUAUGAAGAUGGGGGUUGGAUUAUUAACACCUUAUUACACGUCCCCAGCCAAUCCGCAGAUCACUCAUCUAGCCUUCGCAGAUGAUAUUGUUAUCUUUGUAAAUGUGUCCAUAGCUUCGCUAAGAGCACUGGCGGAACUCUUGUUGCACUACCAAGAAGGCUCAGGGCAGAAAAUAAACUACAAUAAGAGUUUUUUUAUAACCUCAAGGAGGUGCGCUAACAGUAGGGUGAGUGCAAUGUCCGGGGUUUUGAACAUGCAGCAAUCAAAUUGGCCGUUUAGAUAUUUGGGCGCAUCCGGUCUCUCGACACCAUCCAGGAGGCGUACUCAGCCAAGCUCUACUUCGGUUUUCUCCAAGGGGACUCGUUGGAGGCGAAUGCUCCAGCCUCAAGCAUUUGUAGAUGACAACUCUACAGUCACUUCAGGCGCGGUUGUAUGGACUCUUGAUACGUUUGGAGAGUUCACCUUGUCGUCAGCUUAUGAAGCGCUGAGAUUGAAGGCGUCCAAGAGUUUGUCCUCUUGUUGCAUUUGGGGAGAGGGGGUGCCUUCGAGGAUCUCGGUUUUCAUGUGGAGGCUGCUACGUUGCUGCUUACCCUUUCCAGACAUUCUCCAACAGUUUAAUCUCUAUUUGCCAUCAGUUUGCCCUCUAUGCCAUUGCUCAUCAGCUGAUUUGGAACAUUGUCUCUAUCACUGCAGGAAUGCUAAACAGGUUUGGAAUUUUUUUCGAGGGAUUUUUGGCAUGUUUACAGCGGCAUCUUCGCUCAGGGCGGAAUGCCAUGCUUGGUGGUUGUUUGCACCUCCAGGUUCGGCUGUCGAGUGGUGCGCGAGGCUGCUGCCUUGCCUUUUCCUAUAUCUGCUUUGGUGUUCAUACAACCAAGGCAUCUAUGGUCAUGGUUCAAUGCCGGCUUCAAUUACUAUAAACCGGGUCAAGCGUGAGCUGUACGAGAUCUCAACUUUUAAAAGUGUUCGGCGCAAGGGACCUGGUGAUGAUCUUCUUAUUGCAGUGGGUAUUGUGGCCGGAUUCGCUGUACAGCCGUAG